UAGGCUGAAGACACUCUAGGCCUGAAGAGGCGUAGGAGCCACAGUGCAAGGAACAGCAAGGAAGGUCUACUGUCAGCCAGACCCUGCAUUGCCCAAAUGAUUUCAGAUGCUGUAGCUUGUUUGGGGCUCCUAUUGCCACAGCUUUUGUUCCAUUCUUAGCAGACUCCCCUCCCCUCUCCUCUCCUCUCCCGCAGGUAACCAAGAGGGGUGAAUACGUUGGCAUCCACAACCACCCCAAUCUAAUCACCAUGGGUGUUUUAGCCAGCAGCCCAUCUCUACUACUUCCUGACCUGAUGAUCAUUGCCCGAGUAAAGAAAGGUGUCAAAACCACAAAGGCAACGGUGAAAGACCUGGAGAUCACUCGGUUGAUCCCUCUACACCUGGUGGAGAUUUUUGUGCAUAACGUGAAUGAGCGACAGCUGAAAGUAAAGUUGGCAACAGGGCGAAAAUAUUAUCUGCAACUCUGUGCCCCCAAAGGGGAUGAGAACGUCCUCUUUGAGCGCUGGAUUCGCCUUGCUUACAUGUUGCACGUGGCCAGCGGCAGGAUCAGUGAUCCAGUCAGCUUCGCCUCUAAGGAAUCGGGGCUUCACACGAUAUGGAAGAGUGCUAGCUUGCGUGCUACAUCUGAGAAGCAGCCUUGGCUCCCAGCCAUCACGGGUGCACAGUCCGCGGAAAAGCUGAAGGAGCAGCUACGUCAGGCCAGCUUGGCCAGGAGCAUGUCAAGAUCCACGGAAAGUGACCUUGCUUCACAACACAGCAUCCUCAAAUCAGGUUUUGCUUCUCAAGGAUCAGUUGGAAUCUCACCCCAAAAGGAAUACACUUCCAGAGAACAGUCUCAGUCUUCUGCUCCCAAGUUGAUGAGCAAGAGUGCAACUAAGCAGUCACCAGGAUCCCAGGUUGGCCUUUCCGGAUUCCGCAGACCUUCCGAAUCACAGAAGCAAUCCAUGCUUAAGCAGGUUUCUCCUCACUCCUUCCCACGAUCUCGAGCUUCAGCGGGAGCAGGACCUUCUCAGCCAUUUGCCGUGUCUGAGGCAGCACGUCCCUCCAUUCCUAGAACAUCAUUAGAAUGUGAACCUGAACCUGUGAAACUACAAAAGAGCAAAAAAUCCAGAUCUUUGGUACAAACCCUAGCCACUACACUCUCACAAGAGGACAGCUCCGAGACACACAAGGAGAAGGAGUCUGCUGCCAAAUCUCUGGACAGAAGUCCUGGCCCAUCAAAGCCAGUCACACCUUCAUCACGACAAGGAAGAAAAGGCCCAGCUUCCCAGAGCCCUUCCACAAAGCAGAGUCGGCCUGCAUCCGGAGGUGUUUCAACAAAAGCACCAGCAGCCAGUCCGGCCCCCAAAUCCCGUGCCUUAGAGGCGGCGGGUCCGUCAGAUGCAUAUGAUGUUUCAGUGGCUGCUGGACCUUCUGAAGUGGGUGCCAAGUCAAUGGCAGCUGGCCCAUCCAGACCAACCAGUCAGCCAGCUCAAAUGACUUCUGAGAAACCUGCAGCCGCAGUUGCUCCUUCUGAGCCAGGGAGUCGGGGCCAGGAAAGUGCCGCACAUUCACAGACAACAAAUGUGAAAUCCAAGGAGCCUAGCAAGGCACAGAGUAGCAGGCCACAGACGUCUUUAAGCCGCUCCCCAAAGAAGGGGCGCUCCACUUCUUGGAGCCCAUCACGGAAGGAAAAGAAGUCUGGGCUACAAGUCCACAGGACAACAGCAUCAGUAGCAGUGGGGCCUUUUCAACAAGGCUGGAAGACUGUGGGUGUGGGGCCCUCCAUGGUGGUUGGCCUGAUUACAAGCAGGCCCCAGAGCGGAGCACUGGGAACAGAUAAAGAAAGUAAAGAUCUAGCCAAGCAGAUCCAGCCAAGCAGUGCUGCAGGGAAACAGGAACCCCCCAGGAGCCAGAUGUCCAAGAACAAACUGAAAAAGGCUCUGAGUUCAGCUCGACAAAGAAGCAGCCUUACUUUUGUAACCAUCUAUAGUGUCCUGUCCUCAUCUAUGCAGAAACUGAAACUGUCAAAAAGCAGGGAAGAUUCUAAGCAGGUGGCUGUCAAACCUUCCAAACGUGUAACAAUCUCAGGCGUGAUUGGCCCAUCAGGGAAAAGUGUCCCGGAGGAGAAGAAGGAGGAAGAAGAGGCAGGAAAUCCUGAGCUCCACACAGUUGACAAUCUGAGGAUGGAUGCAGGCUCCAGUGCAGCAGCUAUGAUGGGGACAGAUACAGACCGCCCACCCCCACAGUCCCACGCUUCAAUGGGAGAAGGCGCCGCUGAGGCAAAGAGUCCUGCAGUUGGGGGUGGCAACUCAGAAGCAGCUGAAUUCUCAAGGCCAGGCAGCCAGAUCAUUGCCAGGGAGCCUGGUGUGGCAAACGUGACUUCCCAGAAGUCUGACCAGAUCAAGGAUGUGGGACAGCCCAGCACUCCCCGCCUGGAGGAUCAAGAUUAGGGUUGCCAGGU